UCGGUUCCAUGGAAUCUGCCCGUCUCGCUUCUUUCUCCCCUCUACGUCACGCAUAGCAUUGCCAAUCCCUCUCUAGCUGGCUUUUCCAUUCAGUCCUCGGGUCGCCAUAUUAAAGCUGGCAAAAAAUGUCGAUGUUUUCGACAUGGAACCAUUAGAAUUUAGGAUCUACAAACGGUAGAACUCUUUUUUUUCUGUGACAGUUUGGUGAUAUCCCUCCUGAAGAACCUGUUAUUAUCCCAGAAAAGCCCAGGAAAAACUAGAAACCAAGAUGGUCGCCAUACCCCAUGAAGAACAUCAUGCUGCCAUCUCCCCGAUUGCCAUUACUGGCAUUGUCUUCGGCUGUUUUGUGUUCCUUGGUGCAAUGACGGCCAUGGCGUACAAAUGCUACCGUCGCCGCGUCAUGCAGAACGCCCAGAACCGCCUCUCAUCCGCCAUCAAGAAGGGACUCCAAGAAAGCAACUCUGGAAGCUUCAAGAAGAGCAUGUCAGUCCGGAACACCACCAAGGUCAUGAAGUCAAAGGGCACAAGUCCAAUCACACCCCCUGGCGGAGAGGCCAACCUAGACCGCAUCCCUAUGAUGGGUUUCUCUUCCGGGUCGUCCCCAGACCAGGCUCACUGCGUCAAGGCGGAAAUGCACAUCGAGCAAGAAAAAGAUGGCGCCACUCCCGAAAAGGAAGACGCUCUCCGAGAACGCGCAGUUAUCUCCCCGGAGAGACCGACCAAGCUGGGCAACCUGACCUUUUCGGUGUCCCACGACGAGCAGAAGUGCGCGCUGAUGGUGACCAUCGUCAAGGCCGACGAGCUUCCCCCGCGAGACCCCAGCCUCGGUGGCUGCGACCCAUACGUGAAGCUGCAGCUGCUGCCUGAGAAGAAGCACAAGUGCAAGACCAGAGUACUCCGCAAGACGCUGUCGCCGACCUAUGACGAAACGUUCACCUUCUACGGAGUGACGGGCAAUCAGAUCCCAGCCACGACCCUGCAUUUCGUCGUCCUCAGCUUUGACCGCUUCUCUCGGGACGAGAUCAUCGGAGAGGUCAUCUACCCGCUCUCUGACCCGGAUGUGGAGAAGAAGGACGACGCUAUUACGCGGGAGAUUACUCCACGACAUCUCAAGAUCCAUACGUGAAGAUCUAUCUACUCUACAACGGACAAAGGAUUGCUAAGAAGAAAACUCACGUCAAGAAGAGGACCCUCAACCCAGUUUUCAAUGAAUCGUUCCUAUUUGACGUGCCAUACAAUGAGGGAUUACAGAACAUCUCCCUGGAGCUGCUUGUGCUGGACUGGGAUCGAAUGACGAAGAAUGAGGUCGUGGGUCGUCUGGAGAUCGGCUCCAAAUGUGAGGGUCAAGAAGCCAGCCACUGGAGCGAGGUCAUCAACUGCCCCCGUAAACAGAUUGCCGAGUGGCAUAAACUGCAGGACUAAAUGCCUGGUCCCGUCAAGUCAAGUCUCCGUGGCACCACAAAUCACAAACAAUGGCACAGGCUGGUCAAAGAAAGGUCUCAAAACACUCUCGGUUAAGGUUAGAGAAUCGACAGCUAUGUCUAAACUCAAACAGAAUUGAGCGAAGAAGGGUGAUAAAGGGCUAAUGCAUUAAUUUUAAUUCUGCUUCUCAUGCGCUUUUCCUAUACAUCAACGCUAUUUCCAAGCUCACCGUUUUGCACAAUGCUUCAGGGAGCUUUACUUUGUUUCUUUCAAAUCAACAGAAGCAGCUUGCAAUAGUUCAUCAAUGAAUAAUUAGAAAACAAACGUUGUAUCAACCGCAGCACCAGCCUGCACUAACAACAAAUGAACAUACAAAUGUAUAUUUACAGUAGUACAACAACGCCAAGAACAAGAAUAUUAUAAAAACAACCCCAAUAAACAAGCCCAACUCUGCAUAAUCAUUUGAAUUUAUGUCCCUGUUGCUUCCAGCUCCUUUCAACCUCGCUGUAAGGAGUUGAAAGAAUUUUAUCAUUUAAUCUGAUGAUUGUUUAUCUCGUGAGCAAGGUAUACACAUGCUCAAUGCAUUUUAUAAGUUUAUGGUUCAUUGUGAACUGUUUCUCUGGCUUAAGGGUGACAACAUCGUGGUAAUACAAACUCAGAAAACAUUUAAUAUUUACUUCCUGUUUCCGACUUCUGUGGAAGAGUUUAAGAAAGAAUAAAGUAUAGAUUUUUAAAAAAAAUCAACAAUGAAGUAAUUUAGUUUACAAAACGUAUGUCGUAUAUAUUUCAAUCGUAAUGAAAGUCACCACUGACUCUUCCAGUACAAAGCUUACUUAAAAUGUAUGUCAGCACUGGUAAUCCCUUCAGCUAUCCAUAUGACAGACCUGUAUCUCAAUUACUGGUGACUUGACUACCCGUGAAAAUAUCUUUAGGUAAAGUGUAUCUGAAAUAUGAAAACAUUUUUUGAGUAAAUAUCCCUGCACUUAUAAUUACCUUAUUGUGGAAAAAUGUAAGCAAGUUUUUCAAAGAAUAAUCAACAAAGGAAUUUGUUUUAAAGAAUGAAAAGUCCUUUAUGGAUGUGAACGUUUCAGACCCGUGUAUUGUAUGGUGUAAUGUUCUCAUUCUAUAGUGUUUCGUGCAGUACACGCGUUAGUGAUCAAUGUUGUAGUACGCCAUCUGUUCAUUCAUUGAUCCGAAAGUACCACACAUCAAUAUUUUAUAUUCAUCUUUCUUUCGCAGAAGGGUCAUAUUUUUUUUCGAGCUCAUGUUCAGAUAAGUACUGAAACUUCUUCAGGUCAAGUUCCCCCCCCCCCCUUUUGUUGUGGACUCAAUCAUACUUCAGUACAAAGUCAGCAGUAGGCCUUUGUUCACCUUUUGAUAUAUUGGUGGGACGUGUAUUUCAAUUUUCGACAUUGUGAAACAUUAUGUUAAUAUGAAGCUUACCUAACAAAGACAAUUUUUCAUGUAAGUGGGUACCUGAAGCUAGGGUGUUUUUUUCUCAAGAAAAGUUUCAAAACGUUCUUUUGCUACGCUUCAUAUUUUCCUAUACCGGAGGUCGCAAUAAUAUCGUCAACUCAUUUUUUUUCAUUUGUUGUUUGAGCAAUCAACAAAAUAUCAUCUUUUUUUCUUCUGUCAUUUCACUAUCAUAAUAUCAUGUCUCAUCAAACGGCUGUGCUUUGUAUAUAUAUAAUUUAUGUAUUCCCCCAUUACUUCAUAUAUAAUAAUAAUAAUAAUAAUAAUAAGCUUGAUAUGUAUGUACAAUAUUAUUGUUGAAACUUGUAGUCAGUUUUUUGAGGUGGUCUUUUUCUUGUCUGAAACAAGCCAGAAUCCACUGGGUGUUGACCAGUAAGUAAGGUCUUAGGUAUUUCAGAACACCUGUACUGGGUAGAUUAACCCCUUCCUGCCCCCUCCCCUAUCUCCUUUCUUCCUCCCUUUUUUAAAGAAAAAGAAGUAUCCCCUUUAAGCUCAAUUGCACCAGAACUUAUUUUUAAAGAAUGGCAAAUUAAGAGCCGUUCUUAACAUCCUCCUACCUUUCGAAUCGAACUUCCCCUGUGGUACAAGGGAAAUUAUUGCACCCCCCCCCCCCAGCCCCCAAACCCAGGCAACAACCGCUUAAUAUUCAAUUGAAUGUAGAAGAAUGAUUUACUGCAGAUUUGCUUUAAGCUGACAAAGCACUCAAGCUAUGAGAAAAACCUCUUGGGAGAAAUGUCAAGCUAACAUUAAGACCCGCCCUCCUAAAAAGGAUUGGCCCUGGAAAGAGAGGGUAGGUGUGCACUAACACGGUGUGUUUCAGACACCGCAGGACUACUCUGAAUCUGAAAACCGACUCCUCCCUUUAAAAAAACCCCUCCCCUCUUCCUGAAACACGGCAGUCUCAUGUCCACCAAAUCAUACUCAUACAAAAUUUUCCUCAAGCCAUCCCCAGCUAAUCGUUUCUGGUACUAAAUUCUGUGUCGCAUUUUUUGUUCAACAUAGUAUACCCUUAGAAAACAUAAAAGCGAGAUGUUUGGCAACACUUUUUUUUAAGGAACAUACAGCAGAGAACUCUCGUUUUUCUCAUAACGAUCAUAACGUUUAUGUGUACGAUAAUACCGUGUCUAUAGACGCCUGAUCCCAUCAUAUUAUAUAUUUUGUUGGCCACACACGAACUCGAAACUCCUUCCUUUGAACUUUGCGAGACCUCAUGACUCAUAAUAUUGACUCACCAUUCCACCGACACUCAGUUUCAAUGUUUCAUGUACAUUUAUUAUGUAUGGUUUGUCAUAAACUAUGUUAAUUAGUGUCAAGAUAAUCAACAUGGGAAAAGUCUCUGGAGGUUUUUGUACCCUGCUUCAAAUUCACUUUGGCUGCAUAUCUUUCACAGCUAGCCUUCCUACAAUGAUAACCUUUCCACAGCUGCUCCACAUAACAUGCAGUGUUGAUAUGGCUCAUAUUUUCAUUCAGCUUUUAGUUGGAUUUAGUGCUGGAUCACAAAGCCUGUGUUGUCUAAUUGGAAAUGGUUUUUGGAAGAAGAAAAAAAGCCUAAACUGUAAAUUGUUGCUAACAGAAAAGACAAAAUUCACGAAUUUUGCAUUCUUUAAGUAAUAACGUAUUUGAACGAAAAGAUAACAUACUUUGCCAAAUACAUCGUUAGAUAAGGUCCAUUAUAAUGGUAAUAUUGGCAAUAAAGUUACAAAGCCUGUUGCCAAAUCAAUUUUAGAAUACAAUAUUACGUGAGGAUUCUGUGGAGACUUUUCUCAUAACCAAUGAUGUUGUCUUGUAUUUGUGUACUGUUAGUUCCGUGAUUGUGUCUGUUCGAUCAAUGGAAACGAUACUACGACAAAAAAUAGGGAACGUUUCAGAUAGCCACACUGAUACCCUAUGAGUGUGGUGAAGGUUUGGAUGCAUUGAAGUAUUUUGAACAACUAAAGAAACUAGAAAGGUAAAAUCUACACAAUAUGCAGGAGAUUCAUCAGACUGGAUUGUAGAUUUAAAACUGGGGAAGUAAUAUUAUUGCGUCACGAAAUAAACAGAGAAUAAAUAGAACCUCUAAAUGAUAAAUUAAACUGUUUUUAGUUUUGGGCAUUGUUAGGCUUCAACAAAGUUCUAAAUUCUAUCUUUGUUCUAAUUUCUGCUUAGGCAAUACCAAGGCAGUCUGAAGAGUGAAAGGUGUACGUCUAAAUGUCUGCUGUCAAUUUCGACAUGAAUGAAAGAUUGAAAAUUGUAUGAUGGCAUUGAAAGAAAGAAAACAGGGAGCUUUAUUAACAAAUUCACACCACUUAGAUCAAUUUAAAGCCUUAGAAAAUAGCAGGCCAGAACCCCCCCCCCCCCCAGAAAGCUAAGUUCAUAUAAUAGGCAAUACGUUGUUGUUUUUUCUCAUUUAGACGCCCUACAUUAAAGAAAAUAACACCGUUUUACGUAUGUAGCCUACAUUACACUUGACAACCACUAACGAUGCAAGCUGGAAAACGUUAAGAUUUUUAUGUAGACAAGAUUUAGAAAUUCACAGUUUAUAGAUUUGCCCAGCAUUUCUUGUGAAAUCCUUGAAGAGAUUAAUAAAGGAAGGGUUAUCAGAUA